AUGAUAGCAUUUGGUAUAGCAGAAGUGAUACUUUCUCAAAUCCCAGACUUUGAUAAAAUAUGGUGGUUAUCUAUAGUUGCAGCUAUCAUGUCCUUCACUUAUUCUGCAAUUGGAUUGGGUCUCAGCGUGGCCAAAGUAGCAGGUAAUUCAGAUAAUGCACAUCAUGAUAAUUUAUACAUCUCUUUAUUGAAUGCACAAUGUUACAUGGGAAAACAUGUUUGUUUUGUUGCACAUGACACUAUAAAAUCUCCUUCUGCUGAGCACAAGACAAUGAAAAAAGCCACUAUGCUGAGCAUCAUGGUUACUACAGUAUUUUACAUACUAUGUGGUAGCAUGGGUUAUACUACUUUUGGAGAUCAAGUUCCUGGAAAUCUUUUGACUGGUUUUGGUUUCUAUAAUCCUUAUUGGCUUCUCGACAUUGCCAACUUUGCAAUUGUUGUGCACCUAAUUGGAGCAUACCAGGUUUACUGCCAAGAAGAAAUCGCAUGGUUGGUGUGA